AUGCCGCCAGAUGUCGACAACAAGCCUCUCGCUCGUCAAAAACGCAGGCGCACAUCCAAGGAGGACGAGGACAUCCUCAAAGCUGAGUACCUGAUCAACUCGAAGCCGGACAAGGCCGCGCGUCUGGAGAUUGUCCGCAAAGUCGCGCUUGGCGAGAAGGAGGUGCAGAUCUGGUUUCAGAACAAAAGACAGAACGACCGCCGCCGCUCGCGACCCCUCGAGCCCUCUUCCUCUGCAUCACUAAUGUCGUCAUCGUCCAAUAUGUCUGAUCCUGCGACUGAAGACGAGCACGCGCGUGAUGGCGGGAGCGCGCCGGAGCCGGAGACAGAGGCGCCGAAGACCGAUGCGCCAGAGCGAGCAACAACACCCGAAGCCGCUUCAAACGAGACGGCCCUAAAGACGCAGGCAGUAGGGGAGGCGACAGCAGUAAUCGAAAACGACACCCCAACAACGACGCAACCCACAGUCGAGCCCUCCCCCGCUGCCCAGACGGUCGAUACUGCGCCCGCAGAAAUCAGCAACUCCCAGCAAAGCGCAUCAGCAUCGCAGGGUGCGCAACCACGAACAUCCUGGAUUUCAAACCGUCGCAGCGCGUCCUUCGUACGCUCCGCCGAAGACUACGCGCCAGAAACAAUCACAUUCCCAAAUGCGCCUUUGAAGGCCAUCGAGUCACCAGAGGUGUCCAGGUCGGUGGACACGCGUCCCCUGAAACGUACACACUCCUUCGUACGGAUAGCUACAAACGAAGGUGGCACAGCACGCGUCGUUACAGACCUCGACAAGACACCGUCGCCUCCUCAUUCGAGAACCACACCAGUUUCAUUCGCCCGCGCUGCUGCUGGCCUACGCAGGAGCUACAGCGCUGCAGGCCUGAACGAUCGCCUGCUUGCUGCAGCGCGAGGGGAACCCAGUCCAAAGAUGGCCCGAGUGUCGCCCAAUAUUGGAAGGAGCCGGGACUCUCGAGCAUGGGAGUUCUGGUGCGAUCCAGACACACGGCACAACACAAGCUUGACGGCACGCGCAGAACAAGAGGGUAGUGGAAGCGCAGCAGACGCGAUUGGCUUGUUGCGCGCUAACAGGAGGAUCCUUGCGCAGAACCAGGCACGACAGAAUACACCUCUAAAAUCAAGACAGAGCUCGCACAAAAUGCUAGGCUCUUCGGGAGUGAAGAAGUCACGCGGAUCUAUCCAACGUGCGUCGACGUUCAACGUUUUUUCGAGUGGCAAGAAGCCAAAGGACAGUGAAGAAACAGAGUCGGACGAGUUUCCUUCUACAGAAUCUGACAAGGAGAACUGGGAACCAGACAUGCCAAAGUCAGUACGCAGGCGGCCAUUUGCUACACCUGGUUCAGCGACACGGCCACGCCGGGUCCUGGGCGAGAACACAAACGUUAUCUCGCAAAGCGCAAGUCUUGGUGCCCUGUUAGCAAAAGCCAAGAGCAAAAGCAGCAAGGGUACUGUUGAUCCGGAACAAGACGAGGAGCUGCGGACGUUUAUGAACGGUGACAGCGGAAGCGCACGAACAAACUUGAGCUCCGCAGAAGAAGCUGGAUGUGUAGAAGGCUUGUUGGCGCUAAGUCAAGGGCAGUGGAGGUGA